CGUACUAUAGUAAUUAUAUUAACUUACAAUAAUAUACAAAAAGAAUAAUUAUACAAAACUUACAGUAAUAAAUUACAUUAUUGUCCAAUUAAAACAAUUCUAUAUUUAAUAGCUGAUAAGCAGAAACGCGGUUACGCAAUCGGGUAACUGAAAUUGAAAUAAAAUUAUUUCAUAUAAUGUUAAAAAGCAAGUCAAAAGGAGUGUUGAAAUAUCUUAAAAUAUUAGCGUAUGUGUUCUCAUAUAUUGUAUAUUCAGUUUGCAUUGACAAAUGCCGUUUAUUAAAUAUUAGUUCAAAUUUCGCGCCUUAACUAAUCGCAGUGUGACCAGCACUACAGGCAGUCGAGUUGUGCGGUUAUUUUAAUAGCAGCAUCUUCCGAUAUUCAUGUUCAUAAAAGAGAGUGAUGGCAGUCGGAUGAAAGGUUGUCCUAGUUCUCAGGGAGUGCAAUAUUGUCUGAUUAUUGAUAUGCCCCCCUUGGUACAAGCGACUUUCAUAAGCUGUAAUCCUCCAUUGGCACAGUGUAAAGUUCAUACAGACAACCCUCUAACGCAUCUAUUGUUUGUGGAAAAAUGCGCCAUAUUUUAUCGCUAUCUAAUCUUCUCGCCUGGAUCAACAAGCGACCAGCGCCUGUUCAAACUCCUUUCCUUGAUCUGGCGGGCGCUGCUCCUGUCAGUAGGCGGCCAGCUUUCAAGCGGACAAGAUGGCGUCAAGCGCGGCCGGCGGCAAGCCCUGCUACGAUAUGGGCCCGCACACCUUGCAAGUCCCUAUGGAUCUUUUCGCGGAGAACCGGAGGCGUUUGUGCGCACGUCUGCGUCGGCGCGGGGACGUGCCGCGCGGCGCCGUGGUGCUGUUGCAGGGCGGCGACGGCGUCAGCGUGUACGACUCCGACAUCGAGUACAACUUCCGACAGGAGGCGUAUUUUCAAUGGGCGUUCGGCGUGCAGGAGCCCGGCUUCUACGGGGCCAUUCACGUGGACAGUGGCGCCUCUGCGCUCUUCAUGCCGCGUUUCCCCGCCGAGUACGCCGUAUGGAUGGGCAAGCUCCGUGACCCCGAUGACGUGCGCAAGAGGUACGACGUGAAUCGAGUCUUCUACGCUGAUGAAAUCGCCAGCGUCAUGGAGAGCACCCUAGAGUUUCGUCCUUCCGUGCUGCUUCUGCUGCACGGCAUCAACACGGACAGCAACCUGAUUGCACGAGAAGCUGUGUUUGACGGCAUCAGUAAGUUUAAGGUAGAUAAAGUCAUUCUCUUCCCUGAGAUUGCCGAAUGCCGGGUGAUAAAGACUCCAAUGGAACUGGAAGUUAUUCGCUAUACAAACAAGAUAUCUUCAGAAGCGCACAUCCAAAUAAUGCAAAAGAUGAAGCCAGGCAUGAAGGAGUACCAAGCCGAAGCAACCUUCCUGGAGUACUGCUAUUAUGUUGGUGGCUGUCGCCAUGUGUCAUACACAUGCAUCUGUGGAAGCGGAGAAAACGGAGCCAUAUUGCAUUACGGUCACGCUGCUGCUCCAAAUGACAAAACAAUCCACGAUGGGGACAUGUGCCUGUUCGAUAUGGGUUGCUCCUAUAAUGGCUACACUUCCGAUAUAACCUGCUCGUUUCCGGCAAACGGAGUAUUUACUCCCGAGCAGAAGAUUAUAUACAAUGCAGUUCUAAAAGCCAACCGUGCUGUCAUUGCUGCCAUGAAACCCGGUGUGUCCUGGGUUGACAUGCAUGUUCUUGCAAACCGCGUCCUUUUGCAAGAAUUGACCGACAACGGCCUCCUGCAAGGGGAUGUAGAUGACAUGCUGAAAGCAGACCUCGGCGCGAUAUUCCAACCUCACGGUCUGGGUCAUCUCAUGGGUCUAGAUGUCCAUGAUGUGGGCGGUUAUCUGCCGGAUCAACCACAGCGCCCCUCAGCGCCUGGUUUGAAGAGUCUGCGCACUGCCCGAGUCCUUCAAGCAGGCAUGGUUCUCACAGUGGAGCCUGGCUGCUACUUCAUUGAACCGCUUUUAGAAGCAGCGAAAGCAAACGAGAAGCAAAACAAGUUUUUGGUACACGAUGUCCUCCAACGCUACAAAAAUUUCGGAGGAGUACGCAUUGAAGAUGAUGUGGUCGUCACGGAGACAGGUGCUGAAAAUCUGACCCAAGUACCUCGCACUGUUGAAGAAAUAGAAAAAGUUAUGAAAACUGAAGCGUCUAAUUUAAAUGAAAUAUGCACUUCUCGUAGCUCAAAAUAAAGCGUUCAUAUCAGUCUUUUCAUGGAUGUUUAAAUUUUCAGUUCAGUUUAAAACAUGAUUUUUAUUUUAUUGAGAUUUACAACAUUUAUUUUUGGAAAUCAUGUAAUUUAUUUCAAGUAAAUUGUGUAUUUCUCUUUUUUACAUAAUAAUCAAUAUCCACUUACAUAAAAUAUUAUAUUAAUAAUUUUCUAAUUGUAUGAUCACCUUUAUGCACUUUAUGUUUAUAUUAGACAUCAGGACUGCCCAUCAUUUACUUGCUUUACCAGACAAUUUCAAUGUAAUAAUCUGAAGUAAGGGUUUGUUGAUUAAUGUAAUUCCUUUCUUCUUCUUAUAUUAUCUCAUCAUGAAUGUCUAUGUGGGAUUAUGUUAAAAUAUUUUAAUUUUCAAGGCUCAACUCUUAUUUAUAUUAUACACAUAAAUGUAAAAUAAAUGCUUUUCUACUGUAUAUGAUAUUGAAUUGUUCUGUAAAAAUAUUAUUCACAUUAAAAUAGUUAUUUAAAAUGAAAUCAGUGACAUUUUUAACUAAUGCACAUUCCUUGUCAUUACAUUUUAUCCUUAGAUUAUAGCCUUUUUUCUUUCUUGUGCAUAAGUAGUUUAAAUCAAAGAGUUUAUAGACUCUGUGUAAGUACAGAGUGGAGUAAAUACAGGAGUGGAUAUAGAUAGUGUGUAAAUGAAGCACCUGUUGUAUUUUAUGUAGGUAAUAUUAUGAACUUUGUAAUGAAAUAAGAGGGUGGAUGGAUUCACAUUAAUAUUCCUAGAUUUCUUUCUUUAGGUAAUUAUUCUUCAAAAUUCUAUUUUUUAAUACUUUCAUGUACAUUUUUUGUAUAAUAUUAGAAGUAAUUUGGUAUUAGUAAUAGAGUAUUUUCAACCCAAUGUUGCAGGGUUACAGUAGACAUGUUAAUUUGUAUGGCAGUGUUGACUAAUUAUUCCACAUUUUGAGGUGACAAAUGUUCUUAGCAAAAAGUAAACAAUAAAUAACACCGUUUUAGCUGCUUCAAAUUGGUUUUGUAAUAACAAAUUAAUAUUCAACGAAGGGAAAACAUUUUUCAAUUAAG